GCUCUUCCUCCUCCUCCACGCCCUGUCAUCACUACCAGUAGCUGCCCAGCACCAUGUCUUCACCACCAUCGGCUGCGACGGCGAGUGAAAGCAGCACCACCACCGUUUUCGAGGAGGACACCAGAGAGGAGCAAAGACCGCUGAAGCAAUCUCUAAGCAAGUCCUUAUGUCGGGAGAGUUUCUGGAAAUGCUUCCUCCUGUCCGUUCUCAUGUAUGGCUGCAUGGGAGCCAUGGUUUGGUGUCACAUCACCAAAGUGACCCGUUUCACCUUCGACAGUGCCUUAAAAGGAAAAUCCAAGAUGUACCAUGACAGCCCCUGCUCUGAUGGCUACAUCUACAUCCCCUUGGCCCUACUGGGCAUGCUCUAUUUAGUCUACCUGUUGGAGUGCUGGCACUGUCACGUGAAGAAUGAGUUGCUGCACAAAAUGGACGUGGAGGGCAUCUAUGAGCACAUCAAGAAGAUGCAGCAGGCUAAGCCCUGCAUCUGGUGGAAGGCCUUCAGCUAUCACUAUGUGCGCCGAACUCGACAAGUCACGCGCUACCGCCGUUAUACUUGCACCCAGGUUUACCAUGAGCGCCUCGACACCCAGGUGGCAGAAGCAGAAUUUGACUACAGCCACUGUGGUGUCAAAGAUGUUUCCAAACAGCUGCUGGGCUUGGAGAAGUCUGUGCUUACAAAGAUGCGCUUCACCAAGUGCUUCAGUUUUGCCAACGUAGAGUCCGAGAAUUCUUAUCUCACACAAAGGGCGAGGUUUUUCACCGACAACGAGGGCCUGGAUGACUACAUGGAAGCCAGAGAAGACAUGAAUCUGAAGAACAAUGACCUGAAGGAGUAUGUCUUGGUGCUCUGUGACCCAAAGCACCACCCCUGGUAUCUGUCCCACUACGUCUUCUGGUUUGCCUCCUUCCUCACGUUCUCCUGGCCUCUCAGAGUCUUCAUGGAGUAUCGCACUGCAUACGUCCACUAUCGCGUUGAGAAGGUCUUCGGGCACGAUUACCGACCUGUGUCGCCAUGUGUCGAUCGACGAUACUGGUGUCGUAUCCCUCGAGUUAAAAGCACUGAUGUUACAGAACUGGAGUGGCACAUUUGCUCCAACCAGCAGCCUUACCCAGAGGCUGACCUCAUGGAUCUGGCCCAGCGACCGUCCAACUUCAGCGAGAUUCAUCAGAACUGUGAGCGCUGCCACAGAGUCAUCAUCCGAUCCUCAGUGUUCUUUAGAAGCACCCUCAGCAUCUGCACUUGUGCCAACAUUCCUUUAAAGGAUCCCAACAUCACCAGAAAAAGAAAUGCUGGAAAAAAGCAGUAACCAUUACUGGGUUUCAGACAGUGUGGUCAUCAGGGAGGAGGAGCCCCAAAGAUGAAGACUUUGUUGUAGUUUUGUCUCCGUCAAGAAUCCUUUUCUGUGAUUUUUGUUUCUUUAGCCUUCAGGUGACCUGUGUGGAGUCAUUUAUGACCCCAGCCUUAUAUUUAUAUGUGCCUUUGUGAUAUUUUUGACCGUAGAACUAUUUCUUGCCAUGAUUUUUUUCCCACCUUCUUCUUAUUUUAUCGUUAUAGGCUUUGAUUUUAUUGUAGUUUGUGACUUGUUGGUAAUAAUGUCAUAUUUACGAGUCCAAUUUUGACCGUUAUUAUUUUUUAGAUAUUUUAGUAAUCUGGGAAUUUUGAGUGUUUCUGCUGAAAGAAUCAUAUAACACAUUAACACACAGAUUGAGUUUGAGCCUGGGAGUAACAAAAGACGAAAAACAAACCUCCUGACUGUGAUAACGUCACUGUAAUUUGUCGGUGAUCAAAGUAUUAUUGAGUCACCAUUUCAUAUUUCGGUGUUAAAUGAUACAUAAUCUGCUUAAAAGUAUAUUACAUAUACUUACAUGCAUAUUUUUCUAGUGUUAUUGAAACAAAGACAAUUUGUUUUGUGAGA